UUUUAAGUGCAAAUAUUAUUAUAAUGUAAAAGUGCUGCAUGGUUUGCGUCUCAAAGGUUAAUCGUAAACGUGCGUUUUUAAAUGUUGUUAGGCGUUUUUAUUAUUACCGUAGUUUUCUUACAUAUAUGCUUUAAUGAACGAUUAAAGUGAUUAACCAACAAAAAUAAUAAACAAAAAACAAUGAGGACUCGAUACGGUUUAUAUCAGCAACCAUGCAGCAGGAUGCUUAAUAGUGAUGUUAGAAUGAGUCUUUUGAAACAUAAAUUUUCUGCGGUAUAUUAUUGCAGGACGUCUCUAUCUCUAGAAACGUUGGUAUUCUUCAUCUCUUGAGGUGGGAUUCGGUGAUAUGUGGUGUGAAUAAGGGGAUUUUCGUUUGUAGUCCUAGCCAGUUGAUAUUAACUAAUGCUUAUGUAAUGGCAUAAAAAUGCACUUUUUUGGAUACUUUAGGGCGAAAAACACUUUAGGCCGCUAUUAAAUAAGCAUUAGAAACACGACAAACACUGUUAGUUCCGAUACACAUUCACUGCAUUUAUGUUUAUAUAUAUAUAAUUGUUGGAUAUAUGAGUUACCCAAUGAUGCAGUGGUUAGCAUUGCUGCCUUGCAGUGCUGGGGUUGUAAGUUCAUUUAAUUCCUGAACUGGGGCGCUGUCUGUGUGACGUUUGUAUGUUCUCACUGUGCUGGUGUGAAUUUUGUCUGGGUGCUCUGUUUUCCUCUCACAGUCCAUGACAAACUGGUAGGUUAAUUAGCAUCUUGAAAACUGGACCUGAUGUGAGUGUUUGCAUGUCUGUGUGUGCCCUGCGAUGGACUGGUAUCCUGUCCAGGACGUACCCUGUCUUGUGCCCACUGCUUGCCAGGAUAGGGUCUGGCUCUCCCAUGACCCUGAAUUGGAAGAACCGGUUAGAAACUGAAGGGAUAGGUGUUGUACAUUUCAGCUGUGGGAGGUGCACCAUGGCCUCCCCUUCGCCGCACAACCGCAGCAGGAGCGAGGAUGAGGAUGACCCAGUGGAUCGGAUGAUUUCAAAGACGGGCUGCGCGGAACUGCACUAUGCCGUGCAGGAGUGCAUGGCAGAGCACCAGGACUGGAGGAAAUGUCAGCGUCAGGUCCAGAACUUUAAGGAGUGCAUGUUGGCAUUCCAGAAAUCCAAAAAAGAGGAAAGCUUACAGAAGGCUCCCACACCAUCCAGAGUUGAUGAAUACAGACACCCAGGAUCAGGGUGACAGACACACUGUUGCUCUUAACCAAGUGUUUUGUUUCAUCAGUUACGAAUUACUGUAAAAACGGUUGUACAAUUGGAUAUAUUGUGUUAAGUUGUAAAAAUCAAAAAUAAAUUUCAGAAAUAAAUUUUCAACAUAA